AUGGCAUUUGUUUAUUUUAUGAAAGCUAAGAAUGAAGUGUUCCAGUAUUUUCAAGAAUUUCGGAGUAUGGUAGAAAACCAAAAAGGAAAGAAAGUCAAGGUUCUUCCAACUGACAAUGGAGGGGAGUUUUGUAGUCAUGAAUUUAGCAGGUAUCUAAAUAACCAUGGUAUAAUUCACCAGAGAUUGAAUGCUUAUACACCAGAACAGAAUGGUCUCUGCAAGAGGAUGAACAGUGUAGUCAUGGUUCACAUUCCCAAGGAAAGACGUUUGAAAUGGGAUAAGAAGGCCAACAAGCUGCUUUUUAUAGGUUAUGCAGAAAAGACUAAAGGAUAUAGAGUAUAUGAUCCUGUAACUAACAUUGUCACAACCAGCAGAGAUAUAGUAGUCAUUGAAAGUCCAUACCAGAAUAUGGUAGAAAUACCAUUGGAAUGUAAGCAUCCAGUGGAGGUAACUGAGCAAGAGAAUGAUUAUGAAGAAAUUGAGAGCUCUUCCUCUGAAGCCGAUUGUGGGUAUGAAACUUAUGUCUCAGAAUCUGAAGUUUCAGUGAGUACUUCCAAUGAUAACUAA